UACAAUGAAUAAGCCAGUGCAUGUUGCAAGAAGGGGGAACCGGGCAGCAGCCGGGGCUUUGGGGAUGCCGAGGGAAGCCUGGGUUCCCGCCACCGCCCGGGCGGCUGGUGGCUGAGCAGGGUCACCACCCUGCCCCGCGCCUGCUGCUGCGGUGCGCCGGCGCUGUGGUGCGCGGGCGCCGCGGCGGUGGCCUGGGCGACGCGGGGAGACAGCUGGGGUGAAGCCAUGUACCGGGUAUCCGAGGUUUUCUCGAUGAAGGGGCUGUUAGACUGGCCCGAACCUUCCAAGACGGAUCAAAAUAUGGAAUUACGAUUAGGGAUGUGGUACUGGAGAGAUGAAACCAGAAGUCUUGAAUUCAGAAGUUUUACACCUACUGUGGAACUCAAGGAAAAAGGAAAGAGAGGCAAAGCAGUUCACUUUGCUGAAACCGAUGGUCCUGCUUCAGACAGGCUGACAGAUAAAAGAGCUACAAGAGACGAUAAGUCAACUAAGGCUUUAGAGAAACGAGGUCUGCUUGGCAACGUUACACUAGAUGAUGCUAAAUUUGUCGCUUUGCUUUUGCUGCAAGAUACCGAGAUGCAGCGGGUCUGUUCUUUUACAACAUUUAUGAGGAAUAAGAAUCUUGAUAAUUUCCUCAUGGCUUUAUUGUACUAUUUAUCUCAUUUUCUGGAAAAAAACUCACUGGAAAGAAAACCCAAAAGCUAUAUGGUGGGCCUCGUAGAGAAAAAAGAGAUGGAAUUGGUCCUAAGUAAGUUAGAAGCAGCGCAGAAGUACUUGGCUCAGAAGUACUGUGUCCUGGUGCUGGGCGUGGGCAUGGCGGACAAGCAUCACAUGUGCUGUGGAAAGGAGAAAAUAUCAGAUACACAGAAAGACUGGAAAUUCUUUGAGUCCUUUUACACUUUCUGUGCAUAUGUGGCGUGGAUCGUCUUCCGACGUCAACACUUCACAGAGAUUGAGGAAGAAAUAGGGAGACUCUUUCGUACCAAUAUGUUCAACAUUCCCCGAAGGAAGCGUGAAGAUAAAGAAUCCGGAGGGGAGAAGAAACGCAUGACUUUUGUACAGUUCAGAAGAAUGAUGGCAAAACGCCCUGCGAUUAAAAAAGCCAUUAACAUGCGAUCUCCGGUCAUGUCUACUCUGCUGCCAUCUCUCAGAGAAAAAGCUCAGCAUGUCUUUCAGAAAAAGGAUCAUCAAGUAGGCUUCAAAAUCCCAGCCCGGGUGAAAGAGCACACGGAGAGUCUGGGCUCGGUGUCCAUGCCAGUAGUUGGCAUUUUGGGAGAGCCUCGAUGUCUGUUCAAUCCCCAUACCCUUCUUCCACUUGAAUUAGAAGAAAUUGUGAAUCCAUCUGGGAGACAUUCUUCCCUGAUAGAAAGAAACGACUCGAGGAUUCAGAACACACUGGACUUAGUCAUGAAAGCACUGUCCUGUCCCACGUGCCCUGAAUGAUCUGGUACAUCCCACGUCUGUAACUAAGUACCUGUCUUUGAAGUAAACUACUUGGACUUAAUCACACUUUUAAAAUUAUUCAAAUCAUUUUGUUAAAAGUUCGACAAUAGACUAUUAAAGAAUUCCA